AUGGCUCACUCAGCACCGCACCAUCAUAAUGUUGCCAUUAUUGGAUCUGGACCAGCUGGCCAUACCGCUGCAAUUUACUUGGGACGCGCUGACAUGAAGCCCGUCAUGUUUGAAGGGAUGAUGGCCAAUGGAUUUGCACCUGGUGGUCAAUUGACGACGACAACGGAUGUGGAAAACUACCCAGGAUUCCCAGAAGGUGUAUUAGGUGGUGAGCUUAUGGAUAAGAUGCGUGCUCAAUCUGUAAGGUGCGGCACUGUGAUUGAAACUGAAACCAUCACCAAGCUUGAUUUAUCUUCACGACCUUUCAAGAUAUGGCGUGAAGGAUCAGAAAACAAGACUCAACCCACCGAUACGGCUUCGGCAGUGGUAUUUGCUACAGGUGCAUCGGCACGUCGUAUGCAUUUACCAGGCGAGGACAAGUACUGGCAAAAUGGCAUUUCUGCAUGUGCUGUUUGUGAUGGUGCCGUACCCAUUUUUCGUAACAAGCCUCUGGUGGUUGUGGGAGGUGGUGAUAGUGCCGCUGAAGAAUCGAUCUAUCUCACCAAAUAUGGGUCUCGUGUUCACGUACUUGUGCGGCGGGAUGUGUUACGUGCAUCCAAAGUGAUGGCUCAAAGACUCCUCAAACAUCCAAAGAUUACUGUACACUUUAAUACCGUGGCCACUGAAGCAAAAGGUGAUGGCAGCUUGCUGACAUCGGUAGCUACGCGCAAUACAAAGACGAGUGAACCUGGUGAAAUAGAAGCGGGUGGGUUGUUUUACGCCAUUGGACAUGAUCCUGCCACCUCUCUUAUUAAGGAUCAGGUGGAUUUGGAUGAGGAUGGAUAUGUCAAAGUGGUCCCUGGAUCAUCCGAAACGAGUGUCAAAGGAUUAUUUGCAUGUGGUGAUGUGGUCGACAAGCGUUACCGUCAAGCUGUUACGAGUGCUGGUACAGGAUGUAUGGCUGCAUUAGACGCUGAGCGCUAUUUGACGGAAUUGCAAGAAGAGCAAAGAUGA